ACUUUUUAAAGCUUCCAACUUAUUUCUCUCUAAACGUGGAGGUAAUAGAAUCUUUUCUUACCAUUACUCCCUAUGGCACUCAGUCUUCAACCUCACUCUGCUACCUCAAAGAGUCAAACUGGAGAUUUUCACGUCCGCCAUGAACAAAAACUGACGGAGUUGAAGGAAGCACUUGCAAAUGCCGAUCAAUUGCAGCAAUUGGUUGUGAUUGAUGCCAUGCAACGCCUCGGCGUCGCGUAUCGCUUCCAAGAAGAUAUUGAUGUAAUCUUAGAGAAGCAGUACACCAGGUCAUCAGCUUAUUAUAAUGGUAAUGACGAUGGCAAUCAUCAACUUCUUGAGGCUUCCCUUCGUUUUCGACUAUUCAGACAACAAGGCUUCCCAAUAACUUUAGAUGCAGAUGUGAAGAACAAGAUAAAGAACAAUCAGAAACUUAAUGCUGGACUAGUAGCUGGUGAGGACAUAGAGGGAUUAGUGGAAUUAUGUGAAGCAUCACACUUGAGCUUCCAAGGAGAAGAAGCACUUGAAGAAGCGGGAAAGCUCUGCCGCAAGAUUCUAACUGCUUGGGUCCUCAACAAUCACAACGAUUGUCUAGCAACACUAGUCGCAAACACAUUGGAACAUCCCUAUCACAAGAGCUUGACAAGAUUCACGGCGAAGAAGUUUUUGAAUAGUUUUCAAGGCCAAGAGAAUUGGGUUUGUUCUUUACAAGAACUAGCAAAACUAGAGUUCAACAUGGUCGAAUCCACAAUCCGAAAUGAAAUUUUACAAGUAUCUCGAUGGUGGAAAGAACUAGGCUUGACCAAAGAGUUGAAGUUUGUGAGAGACCAGCCAAUUAAGUGGUACACAUGGCCCAUGGCAUGCCUCGUUGAUCCCCGACUAUCAGUGGAAAGGGUUGAACUCACAAAAGCAAUUUCUCUCGUUUACAUUAUAGAUGACAUUUUUGAUGACGUUCAUGGAUCACUGGAUGAACUCGUUCUCUUUACAGCAGCAGUUGCGAGAUGGGAUACUGCUACAAAUGAUGAGCUGCCAAAUUACAUGAAAACAUGUUUCAAGGCUCUUAAUGACAUUACCAAUGAUAUCAGCGAGAGAGUCUACGAAAAUCACGGAUGGAACCCUAUUGACACCCUAAGAGAAUCGUGGGCAAGAUUGUGCAAGGCAUUCUUAGUAGAAGCGCAAUGGCUUAGACAUGGCCAGUUGCCAAGCUCCGAAGACUACUUGAGGAAUGGGAUUAUCAGUUCAGGGGUGCCUGCAGUUUUAACCAAUGCCUUCUUUAUUCUUGGUCAAGGCAUUACCAAGGAAACGAUAGAUCUUUUCAACAGCACCGAAUUACCUAGUAUCGUGUCUUCAACCGCCACGAUACUCCGGUUAUGGGAUGACUUCGGAAGUGCCAUGGAUGAGGAGCAAAAUGGGUAUGAUGGAUCAUAUAUAGAGUUUUAUAUGAAAGAACAUCAAGGCUCUACUGUCGAAGAAGCGCAGGGAAACGUAAUCAGAAAGAUUUCGGAUGAAUGGAAGAACCUCAACCAAGAAUGCUUCUCUUGCAAUCCAUUUUCAGAGUCAUUUACACAACUCGCUCUAAAUGUUUCUAGAAUGGUUCCCAUGAUGUACGAUUACAAUGACAACCAUCGUCUUCCAAGCCUUGAGGAAAAUAUGAAGUCGUUGCUUUUGGAUAGUUUUCUUGCCAAAGGCAUCACUCAUGGCUAGCUACAGGAAACCAGUGCAGUAUAUGAAUUUAUGAAUUGAGGCCAUCUAGCAGUAAACAAAAGCUAUCUAGAUGUUUGUACGUACCCGGGCCAUUUGAAAUGUCUUGAGAACUAUCUAACCAAAAAGCAAUAUGUCAUUUAACAUAACUAUGUUUCCGGUAUGCACCGUUAUAAUAAGGUUAUAU